AUGGGCGGGGUCAAACUCAAGGUCAAGAAAAAAUACUGAUGUAUACACAACACACUUCCUUCAUCACAUAAAGUGAAGAAUCCUCAUGUAAAGCAUACAAGUUGUAAUGCAAAAUUAACAAUUACUGUGAAACAAAAAAAUCUUAAAAGAUGAGUAAGAAUGAAUAGGAGAAUGAGUAAAGAUGUUCAUCUCAAGCAGUAUCCAACAGAAAUUAUGAUUAGACAUACCCAUAAUCAUAUAUUAUGUUCUGCUAAAGCAUUGAGGCACCAACAACCUACCAUUGAAUUGGAAAACGUUUUUAGUAAUUUGUUCUCUGAGGGUCAUUCCCCAUCAACGGCUCAGGAAACUUACAAAAUUGAGCUUCAAGAAAAAUAUGAAGAUUAUCACUUGAAAGUAGCAGAUGGAUCUGUAUGUCCUACAAAACGAUGGUGUUACGAACUGUACUACAAAAUAUUCAAAAAAAAAUUUGGUAAACCAACUGGUAUUCAGAUGGAGCUGCAAGAUCAGGUCGGCGUGGAGGCUAACCAGGUGGGGUUUAGCGGGCUGACCAUUGCACGAUUUGUACAGUUCAGUGUGAGAGAUCUGGUUAUACAUGGUUCCUAA